UUUUCUCUCCUUCUCUAUCUCCCUCUCCCCUCUCAAUUUCUCUCUGUCCUAUGGGGAGGGGAGGGGAAAGGAAACGGUCAAUCAUAGUCAGUCUCACUCCAGCCCUCUGGGGACCAGUGGUGCCUCUUAGGUCCUGUGUCCUGUCACCCUGCCUUGAAGAAACAAAAUUCUUGGGAAAGUACAGACCCAGGCAAGCUGCUGGGCAGAGUAGAAAGACAGGAAGGACAGCAACGCCCCCUGAUAAACAACUAUCUGGGUAGGCAGUGCAAGGGCCCACCCUGCUCCGGACAGGGUGUCCUUCCUGUAGGUGCCACUGCCGCUUUAAAGAUGAAGAAUUUCUUGGCCUUUUCCUUUGAAACUACAAAGCUGGCUCUCACCCUGCUAGUCUCCAGAAGCAGGAAGCCUGACACUUGUUUUCCUUUAGACAUAAAUGAACAUGGCCUUGGUGAGCGCAAACGUGUCCCCAGGGCCAGGCUGAGUGGUGGGGGAGUCCUGGGCGGGGAGAUCCCACUCUGCACCUAUGAGAGGGGGUAUAAGGCAUGGUGGGCAUGGCCCUGACAGCUUUGGGGUUCCUGGAGGCUGAGAAUGGCGAGAGCAACGUGUGUGUGUCUGGGCCCAGGAGGUAGGCAUGUGGAUUUCUCCCAGCGGGGGUGUUCUGCUGUCCCCAGGGAAGCUGUGCCCCUUCCGGCAUGACCGUGGGGAGAAGAUGGUGGUGUGUAAGCACUGGCUGCGGGGGCUUUGCAAGAAGGGUGACGGGUGCAAGUUCCUGCACCAGUAUGACGUGACCAGGAUGCCAGAGUGCUACUUCUACUCCAAAUUUGGUGACUGCAACAAUAAGGAGUGUCCCUUUCUUCAUACGGACCCUGCUUCUAAGACCAGAACUUGCCUUUGGUAUGACCAAGGUUUCUGCAAGGACGGGCCCCUGUGUAAAUACCCCCACGUCCGCAAGAAGAUGUGUAUUAACUACUUAGCCGGCUUCUGCUCUGAGGGACCCAAGUGCCAAUUUGCACAUCCCAAGAUGGACAUUUUCUUCAAGCCAAGAUCCACAAAGCUUGUCAACUGGCCACAGGGCCGUGCGCCUCCAGCUCCUGCCUGGGAACCUUGGAAGCCCUCUCCCCUGUCAGAGCACCUGUUUCCCCACUUUCAAACAAAGCCAGAGGACCGCCUGGGACUCAGAGCACCAGAGCGGCACUGGUGUACUACUGGGGAGUGUCCAGGUGACACCCAGGCUACUCUUUGUCCUUGAGGAGAUUUCCAAGGAAGUUCUGUUAACAGAGGCUGGAAAGACUCACAGGCAUGUCUGGACGCCCUACAUAUGGUCCAUGGUGCUACCAAGCUGAUCCUGAGAUACUGAAAGGCUGACUUUGUUGGGGAACGUAUUUUCCCCUAACAUAAAUGAAGACAGCCAGCUGUUCAAGAUGAAAAGUGUUACCAGUGAGUGGAGCACUACGCUGUGGGAACCCGCGACAGACAGUGCAAACAGCCCCACCCCCCAUGUAUACAUCACCGGAAUUACUUUCAAUUCUGCUCUGCCUCCAUUCCCCAUCUCCAGCCCAUAGAGACAAGCACACAUUUCCUUGUAAAAAGCCAGACAGUACUUUCAGCUUUACAGGUUACUAUGACUUGGGUUGCAUCGACUCCUUAAGUUGGCCUCUAAAGGUCGACCAAGUUUGAACUGCCUAGUAUUGCGCUAGUAUGGCGCCGGGGAAGGGGAUGGCCAGAAAACAGGUGAACUGGGUUGAACUGAACUCCCAACAGGUCAAGUCAGCCAGAGAGGCUCAGAUGCCCACCCCUUUCCCUGGUUUCCUUUGUUACAGUGGAGAAUAGCUGGGACUCACGGUUAUCGUUGCAGCAAUUCAGGCCCUAGAAAAGGGGCAGAAGUUAUGGGAGACCUGAGUGGCCUUUGAUUCCUAACUCCCGGCUUUCCCAUCCUUCACCACAUCCAUCAGGACAAAAAGCAGACAAGCAGAGACUUGAUAUGGGUUAACAGGCUCCAGCCUCUAAUUGUAGGGUCCAACGGCAAUUAGAGCAGAUUUCCUUUCAUGCAAAAGCUGAUGUGACAGUUUGGCUUUCUGUGACAUCAAGCAGCAGACCCUUGUUUCCUUACUGUCACAGCCCUGUGAAAUCAGUCACGGACAGGUCCAACCAGGGCUGUGUGCCAAAGCAACUUUAUAUUUAUGUAAUUAUGUAGUAGGAUAGACCUGAGAACUGGAGGACAUUGAGAGGUCUUUUUUUUUUUUUUUGCCUCCAGGGUUAUUGCUGAGGCUCGGAGUCUGCACUAUGAAUCCACUGCUCCUGACGGCCAUCUUUUUCCCAUUGUUGUUGCUGCUGUUGAAUAGGACUGAGAGAAAUAGAGAGUGGAGUGGAAGACAGAGAAGGGAGAAAACUAUAAGACACCUUCAGAUCUGCUUCACCGCUUGUGAAGCGACCCCCCUGCAGGUGGGGGGCUGGGGGAUUGAACCAGGAUCCUUGUGCUUUGCACUAUGUGCACUUAAUCCAGUAUACUACAGCUCGGCCCCUGAGAGGUCAUUCCUAUCCACUCUCAAGCCUCAAGUCCCUCAAUUAAAGACAAGUGAGAAUUCGUGCCUCCACCCCGCCCAAACCUCCCACCCCGUCACAAUGUAUUGACUUAGGAGAACUAGAGCAUCCCUCUGGUA